AUGAAAGGUCCUCGUGGUGAUCGGGGAUUGGGAUGGCUUAGUGGAGGUGGCAUGCCGCUGAACUCUGUAGGGAGAAAUGGUGACUUCUACCUCGAUGCAGCCACGCUGAUCGUGUACAAGAAAAUCAGCUCGAAAUGGAUGGCUUUCGGUCGGCUUCGUGGACCAAGAGGUGAAGCUGGUCCACGUGGGGAACGUGGAUUGAUCGGUCCUGAAGGUGAGACUGGACCUAGAGGAGGCGAUGGACAAGGUGGUGAACGCGGUCAAAAAGGCGAUCAAGGAAUACCUGGUCCAGAAGGUCCCAGAGGUGAAGUUGGACCACGUGGAGAACGUGGAUUAGUUGGUCCUGAAGGUGAGAUUGGGCCUAGAGGAGAAGAUGGACAAGACGGCUCACAAGGUGAACGUGGUGUUCAAGGUGAUCAAGGAACCACAGGUCCCGUCGGUCCCCAAGGAACCAUCGGUGCAACCGGUCCUCCAGGAAACAGAGGUCCCGUGGGCCCCCAAGGAAUCGUCGGCCCCAUAGGUCCUCCAGGAGCCAGAGGUCCCGUGGGUCCGCAAUCAAAUCAGAACCUAUCCGAUCCGUUUCAUCUACUACCUCUCAUUCGGAGAAACGCCUACCUCUACAUAUACUCUCAUCCUAGCAGAUUUGAAACCGUCACCAGGGUGCUGAAGGACAAAAGCAGGAUCACUCGUAUCAUCAAGGAUAUCCUGAGCGGACGCUCCAUGUGA